AUGGGUGGUGAAGAGGAGUCCAAGCGGUAUCGUAUCGUUCAGUUAAUGGAAGAGGAGUGGUCGUUAGGUAUUUGGUACGUUGACAGCGACAUGGACAAGUUAUCAGGCAAGUAUACUGGGGAUCUUGGUCUUGGGAUAUCAUCUUCCGCUUCACAGCUGCAUGUAGCCCACAACGCAACGCCUUCAGUAGCUGAGAAGCCCAUUUGCUCAUGUGCUGCCCAUCGGCGGGCGUCUGUCGCCAUUGCCGCUACUGCUACCUGCUACCUGCUACUGCACCCGGCCUGCGACCUCUUCGCUUCCUCCGAAUCCUCGGCACCCAUUAGUCCAACGUACAAUGUGAGGCGCUGGAAUGGAUCCAAAUGGAUAAACGUGUCGAAACGAAGCAUUGGAAAGGGACGUUGGACCUCCAAGGGCCUGAUCCUGAGCUGGGGAUAUGAUUUUCAUUCACUGUCACUGUCACUGUCACACGCCCCCUUCGGCGCAGCGCCCAGACUCGGAAGACCCAGGAAGUCGCAAGUCUCUCUCCAGCCAGUGCCGCUUUCCCCUCCACAACUCGACUCCACCCUCCUGUCUUCGCCCCGUCCACGCCAACGCCCGCCCCUCCCUCCCCUCCUUUUCCACUCCAAUGGCGAAAAUGGGAACCAUGCCAUGCGCAAAGCCUUUACAAAGAUCCUAUUGCCCGCGCCGCCCCCCGUCUCGCCACAACUCCCGGUCAUGCCGCCACAACUGCUCCCGGCCUCGGCGGCCGCCUUUGCCCCGAGGGCUUCUUCCGUUAACGUUGUUCUCGGAUCCAGAGUCGAGCCCUGGUUGACACAAACCCUCAAACGCAUCAACCGAGUAAAGCGACCUCUCAACAGCAUUCCGCAGCACCAAAGAUGUCUGACCGAAACCUUGUCCUCAACCAAUGCCAUCUGGAAUCUGGCUGCUCUCAUGUUGCCGAAGGCCCCGGAGUCGGAACUCCGUCAGGACGACAAUCCCUUGGUCGAGGCCCUCUGCAACUUCCAACUCGUCCAUAUCCAGGCCUACAUCGUACAUGUCGACAUGGUCCUACGAAACGAGGUCGCCUUCAAGCUGACCCCCGACACCAUCGAUGCUCUGGUCGAGUACCACGAGGAAACCCACUGCGUCGACGCCAAGGCGAACACCCACGACUGGGCCGAGAAGGACCAGCAGUGCAAGAAGCUCCACGAGGACUUUGUCCAAGCCAUCAACAAGUUUGUGUUCCGCACUCAUGUCAGCGCCUUGGAGGGUCUCGAGGAGGAGGGCGCCGGCGAGCUGCUCUGCGGGAAGAGUGAGGAGGUCAGGAGCCAUAUCAUGGGUCUCAUGAAGCCUCUGUUGGCCCCGCCACCGAGGGUAGUCGAUGUCAUUCGUCAAGCCCCGCUGCUCCCGAGCUCCCCGGCCGGCGCCUCCAUGUGGUCUCAGUCGCAACCCACACCGCAUUCGCACCCGCACACGCACACGCACACGCACACAAGCCUCCCCGCAGUUGAUCCGUGGAGAAUACUACCGUCAAGUCCUAGCGUAACAUCCGUGUCGCAAGACUCGGUCACCACCCCCGUCUGGACCAACUUGGCGCUGUCCGAGACGCAAGUGCCGUCACCGACCCCUGCUUUCAGCGAGCCAUUCUCUUCCGCCGGUUACUUCUACAGCUCGCCCCUCGUGAUGGCACCUAUCCCGGCGCUUCCUCUGCCCAGCACCUUCACCCCGCAAUGCGGCAUCGGCAUGGGCUACGGAGGCUUCGGAUGGGACCGGUAUCCGGACACCAGCCACUACAUCGGACAGUCACCAUCCCGUCACCACGACCUCAUGAUCAUGUGUCUGGCAUCCCUUUUUUUCUUCUCCUUUUUUACGGCGUUUGGCAUCAUCAGGGAGCGAACGGUGUUCGAGGUCUCCAAGCGUUUUGAUUUCGGUCUCGUUUCCUUGUUCGCGCUCAUCAUGGGAGACUGUAUCAGAAACCGCGAGCUCGGUCACAAGCUUCUCUCAUUAUCUCGACACUUCAUGGGCUGGGUCCGGAACGGUUUAUUCUGCGUGCAUUUACAACUGGCAUACAGGAGGCCUUGA